CUCGCGUGCCGCCGGUCCACUGCAGUGAAAAAAGCAGUCAGGAGUCGUUCAGACGUGGUGCGUUGUUGUGGAGCUCGCCGGCGGAGAGCUCGCAUAAUCGCGCGGCUCGGUACGACGUUCGUGCAGCGGCUCUUCAGGCAAGGACCGGAGUCUCGCUAGGAGGAGGAGUAGUCCUGCACCUUCCGUCCAAGCGCUGCAGAAGGGAGCCCCAGGCAGCAUGAGGCUGAGCGGAGGGUGGCGGCUCCUAUUCGCUCUCCUGCUCGCCGUGUGCAGCGUCAGCGCAAAGUCUCGUCACAACCGAGAUGGUAGCGCCACCUACGUGGAGGAAGACGAAGACAAGUUCCUCAGCAGCGAGGACUCGGUCGCUCCGACGGCGCCCAAAGCACUGCCUCUCGACUUCGAUUUGUGCGAGACCAUGGUGUGCGGUCGGGGCCGCCAGUGCGAGCUGAACGAUGCCGGCGAGGCAAGCUGCGUGUGCCAGAAAUCGUGCAAGAAGAGGCGCAAGCCCGUGUGCGGCUCGGACGGCAACUACUACAUCAACCACUGCGAGCUGCACAGGGCCGCCUGCCUCGCGGGAAGGCCGAUCGCCAUCGACCACCGCGGAAACUGCAAUAGGGUUGAGCACGAGAGUUCUACGGAGAAAAGCAACGGCAGCCAGCAGGGCCCUGAGAGCAAGGCUGACAAGACGGACGUGCCUUCGUCGUGGACGAACAUGCCACCUCGCGAGGCAAAGGUGGCCACGACCACGGAGUCGGAAGACUCAACGCAGCAGGACUGCACUCAGCAGGAGUACGACUUCAUGAAAGAGAACCUACUGCUCUACAACAACGCCAAGAUGACGGAUAACAAGAAGACAGGCAACGAGUACCUGGUGAGCAUCAUGUUCUCGCACUACGACCACAACCACAACGGGCUGCUGGAGGCCGAAGAGCUGUGGAAGGCCGGUGAGGAAGACCGGCUGGGCCAGCUGUCCACCGUGUGCAUACUGGCUGACAUGUUGCUCUUCGACGACGCCAACCACGACGGCCGCCUCAACAUCAACGAGUUCUAUCUUGCCUUUAGUAAGUUAUACAGCGUCUCGGUUGUGUCGCUGGAUAAGUCUCUCGAGGUAAACCAUGUGACUGCUCGUGUGGGUGACAAUGUUGAGAUCAAGUGUGACGUCACCGGGACUCCUCCGCCUCCAAUUGUGUGGCGACGAAACAACAUGGACCUCUCUUCGCUAAGUGAAGAUGAGAUCAAGGUAUUCGUUGAUGGCUCCCUGUAUCUCACCAACGUGCAACUGGUCCACUCUGGAAACUACACCUGCCACGCCCAAAGAAACCAUGACGUCAUUCAAACGCAUAUUUUACACGUUCAAACAAUGCCCGAGGUUCGGGUGAUUCCAAAGCUUCAGUCGCGAGCACCAGGUGAGCUGGCCGAGAUGGAGUGUCACGUGACAGGAGUACCCACACCGCGGGUCACAUGGUUGAAAAACGACGAAGGCCUUCGAGUCGCCACUGACAAGUAUACCAUCAUAGGAAACGGGACAGCCUUAAUGGUCGGCAAGAUUACCUACAGCGACACAGGAGCCUACAUGUGCGUUGCGUCCAAUCCCGCUGGAUCCACAAGGGACAUCAGCUCACUCGUUGUCCAAGACCAGCCCACUCCGACGGCCCCGUCCGAGGAGCGCCGGUUCUUCACAUUCCACGACUGGGGUGUGGCUGUGUACGAUCCGGACAACUGCCGUCUCUACCACCAGAUACAAAGCGUCGACAUCAUCCCGGGCACGCAGGAGUACGUGUGCGGCGAUCGGGGAGCCAACUGCUCCUGGGGCCGCGCUAUCAACGUGGCCGACCGAUACGUCUACGUCUCCCAGCCUACCAAGGGCCGUGUGCUCAUCAUAUCGCGCAUACAGAUGGUCGUCGUCGAUGUGGUGGUGACGGACAAGUUCCCCGUGGACCUGCACUACGUUCCGCAUUUGGACCAGGUGUGGGUUCUGUGCUGGCGAGGCCCCGUGGACCGUGGCACAAAGACCAUCCAGAUCAUCCGUGACGCCAGCCAGAAGAAGAAGCACCACACCGUACACCCAGAGCCAGUCGAUGGACACUUUGACCUGGUAAGUGGCCUGUUCAUCCCGCCGGCUCAGGACCUCGGCUAUCCUUGGAAGUAUGGCUAUGUGGUACACACUAAUCAGCGCGGCAUGUACAAGAUGGACCUCCGGGCCAUGAAGUACAUCAAGACCGUCGAUCUGACGCCCUACAACUGUGCCCCAGCAAGCGCCGACUUUGCCUCCCUGGGGGGCUUCGUGAUCCUGGAGUGCCUGGAACCCAUCACUCAGCGGCCAAUGGGCCAGAUCCUGCUUGACUACCUCACUGAUACGGUGCUUUCGCACAAGACCAACCUGUUCGGCCGUCCGCGCGUCUCGCCCGACUCACGGCACGUCAUCACGCUGCAGAGUUCCAACAACAGCGUUGUCAUAGUCGCCCAGGAGGUCACCGAGCAAGGUCUACGGUUCCUGUUCGACGUUAAGACAACGCUGCAGAUCAGCGACGCUACUUUCUUCACGUCGCGCACAAGCCACAGCUACGAUUUAUACGCCAGCUCGUCCACCAAGGAGGACAUCCUCUUGGUGAACCUGCAGGACGGCAAGGUCGAGGUCAUCACGGGCACGGGCCGCGCUAUCGAUCCGCGCGGCGCUCGCUGGGGCAACGCCAACCGGCCCAUCAGCAGCGCGGGCGUCUUCGGCACCUACAUGGUCACCACGGCCAGCGAGGCCGUCUUCGUGCUCAACGGCAAGACGCGCACCGUCAACUGUGAGAUCGGCAACGUCGUUCAUCCGCGAAUGAUGGUUUGGGUGCGCUCGCCCUAAACUCGGCCCUCUUGUCUCCGCUGCCCGCACGCCUCUACCCUCGACCAAUUGGCAGCCUUUGGCUCUCUCUCACUCUUCCUUCUCUGGAUAUUUUUGUUCACCUUUAUUUUACUGUUCUUUCAGGUGUAUAUGAAGCCGACAGCCACACCGUUUUAACCGAAGGCGAGCUAACAUGGGCGUUUUAGGCUGAAAAAGUAAAUCUGUGCAUUUAGCAUGGUACGCACAGCGUCCUCCUAUACGCUUCUUAAAGUACUGCACGAAACUGCGUCAGUGUUAGCCUUCUCAUCCAAGAAAGCACAGCGAGGUAGAGAGGCCCAUCUCGUGACAUCUGAUAUAUAGAGAUACUAGUAAGAACAAGACACUCGUGGCAGCACACACUGGCGUCAUUGCGAAGCCACUGUAGAUGCCGAAAAGCGAAGUGUCUCCCUUUACACAAAGAUUCUCACAAGUCUGAUAGGAGAAAUAAAGCCUAGACAACGAGCUAGCUAAGGCUAACAGAUCUGAGCAUGCGAAAUCGACAGGCACAGUAACGCCUUCACUACUUCAAGGGUUCCGCUUUUAUUGAUAAAAAGGCGCUUUCGAGCAAAAAUGCAGCUAGACGCACUUAAUCUAGAGCCACCUAAGGGAAUAAGCAUAUUGUGAAUUUAACCUUAUGGUUAUUGACAUUUGACGUCCGUUUUUCUAAGUCCUAUUUUUCCCUCCUCCUUAAAUAGUUUAUUUCUGAGCAAUAAGUUUUAGCUAUGGUCGUUGUGUGGGUGCUGUAGAAGCAAGAAAAAAAACGCGUUUGUGUUCGGGAACAUGUGCUGCCUACAUUUUUUGUGAGGCUUUAUUGUUUAGUGUUUGACAUCGGAGAACAAGGCUCAUGGCCGCCGUCCAGUUAUCUGCUUUGCGGUCUAUAGUACACGUACAAAUGCAAUCUGCCAUAUUGUAGGCUCUCUGUUUUUUUGUUUGAAUGUGCUCUUAAAAGCAUGCGUUUUUAAGUGUAGCGGAACGUGUGAUACACCAUGAGUAGUGUAAGAGUUUGGCAGUGAGAAGAACUCUUUCGAUGUUUCACGUGGCCGGUGCCUGUAAGGAAUAGUGGCAAGAUACAACAUUCCUCGAUGGCCUUACGUGUCGUAAACUUGGCUAAAACACUUACGUUACGUCGUCAAAGGCAAAAAAAAAAACACGAAACUGUUGUGAAGUAAUUGGAAAUUUCAGGUAUUUGUUUAGAUUAUACUGGAUAUUCUUUAGGCGAAGCUUUUACCUCUUAGCCGGGUGCCAGCCUCUAUAUCGUUAUCAUAUUCUGAUUGCAGUUUGAUGAACAGCGUUGUUUAAAAAGAAUUUUCUCUGACUUUGAUUUUUUUAUUCUAUGAAUGCUAACGGCAGUGGGGAAACGGGCGGCUGUGUUCGAUGAGUCCUGCACCAACCGUCUGCAAUUGUAAUAAAGAAUACGGAAAUGUGCAGCAGCAACAAAAAGCAUAUUUAUCAAUGUUCACUUUUGCCAUCAACUUCGGUUAUUGUGCCACUGUUCUCUUGACAUAAUCUAAAAAGGUCCGUGGCGGGAGCUUCAUACCCCAGGAAAACUAUUAAUUUUGCAGUUGCAUGUCGCAUAAAGUAUUUCUUACAUGUUCUUCAUUGUAACGAAAUCAAGGCUAGAUGUUUCUUGCUGCCGUAUACCCAUGUAAAUGCUGUAGUUUCUUUCGCUUUCUUUUACCAACAACUGAAAAGAUUAGUUGUUUUUGCUUUUAUCUUAAGUCAGGGGAUGCUUAAUGUGGCCUCUUCCAUUCCGAAGGGCCUCUGGGCUGCUGCUAUUACCGCCACCGAUGGUUAAAAGUUCAUGCUGUACAUAACCUAUAGCGACAUGUAUUUGAUUCAGGUUGUGCAGUACUCAGUGUCUUCUGUAGCAUCUGAGCUCUGUCUGCCAUGUCAAGUUUUGACUUAGUCAGUCUUGAUUUUCGGAGUACGCUAAGGCUGUAUACCUGGACGAAUAUGGGCGUGUUAUACAGUGUAUGAAAGCGGCGUGUUGGGGCAUUCAGUGACGCGUCCCGGGCUUUCUUUAUAAAGCCAGUCGGAUAAGCAGGGGAUGUCCGUGCACAACCUCCUUUGCCUGGAAUGCCUCAGCUAAAAGGACUCAAUCUUGACCAGAUGUAACGACAGAUUUAGGCUUUCACUGUAUGACCGCAUGUGAAGUUUAGAAGGUGUUAAGAUAAUAACAAUAUUGUGUUGGCCUGUCUCGUAGUUGUGAUGGUCGUCAAAACUUUCUUGCUCCUUCGAAGAUGGCUCGGCAUGACCGUAGCUAAGGCGGCCGAGUUAGCACGCACGAAUAUCCACAGGAAAGCACAAUUGUCUGUCGUUCUACGAAGAAAGACUAUGACUGUUCUGUAUAGGUAAAGCUGUGAAAGCUUCAGGAGAUGCGUAUGUUCAUCUGGCACUGUCCCGCAUCCACUUAAUCCAGUUGGAAUGAUAUGUGUACAUUUAAAAGAAGCUUUUCUAUUUUAGUUACUGUUUUUAUUUUUACCUUGGUCACAAAUUCUAGUCCUAAAUGUAUUUCUCAUCCAUGUAGUGUCACACUUGUAAAUAUGCGUAUUUGAAGUUGAAAUGAAAAUACGUUGCGCCAAGGCGCGUUAUGUAGGUCAACUUGUUUUGCUAUAUUUAAUUUUAAGGUGUGCUUGUCGAAAGUGCAUUGAUGUGUAUGUAUGUGGCAUUAAUAAAGAACUGUGCUAGAACGCACGUAGCAUUUUUCAUGCUCCUUGUGAUAUGGGGAGUGUGCUUCAGACUUGUCUCGAGAAUUUCUCUGGCUCAUUUUCUUUUUUGCUCAUGUUACGCGAUAUGGAGAACCUUCUCUCAUGCACGAUCUUUGUGUUGGUAUUACGAAAGCUUUUUUUUUUUUUGUUCAUUCCAGCGCGAAACGAAAUAUCACAUUACAUUGGACUGUCUCGUCCGGCUUUUCAACGGAUACUCGUUUGCUGUGAAAUCAUAAUCAACUCACGUGGAAAAAAGAACCGAUGGAGAAAUAAAUUACCGAAAGUGUCCCGCUUGAAUAUUUUGUAUGAAAAAAGUAUAGCGGCAACUGUCGCAAAAGCCAACGCAGCGUGAACAGCACUCGCGUUUUGUUCUGUGCCGUAGCCGGUAAUUACGCAGUACGAAACGUAUACCUAGAUUGGCAAUGAAAAGGGCGUAAUGUUGGUCCCUUCUCUUACGUUAUCGAAAUGCUAGCAUAUAUCGCUGUUUCAGAUCGAAAAAUCCGUAAAUACUCCCCAGCGGCGCUCUGUUAGUCGUCGAGUUCAGAAAAUUCGCAAGAGAACGGCAUAACAGUAGCCUGCCGGCAUUGUGCGCCGUUAUGUGUGGCGCCAAACGAGGCAAAACUGAUAGCCAUCAAGGGCCCAGGCGACGUGGGCUUUCCGAAUCCACGAAGGGCCGCUGCGUGAGGUUGGAUGGAGCGCGCAACGUAAUGAGACGUUCUCGCCCUCCAACGCGCGCUGUGUUCUUUUGGCGGUCCGAUUGUAUGCGUCUCGCACAACUGCCAGCAGAGCUCACUGCACGAGCUCCACAAAUUUCGGGUGGCUGCCGCCGUGGCUGAAACCACACGUUCUCCGACAUCAAUUCUUCCUCCGUCUAGGGCGAAGUCGCGACGACAAGUCGAAACGCUCGCAAAAUCUUACGUUCCACACUUGUGCUGACUGUAAACAUGUGGUAUUGUUUUCUGUAAGUAGAAGUUUUCAUGCGUGGUUAACACCGUCUGUCUGCUUGUCACACGACUCGUGCGAUGCGUAAGAGUGUGUGACUAAAAUGCUUGAAUAAAAAAAGUUGCACUUGCA